AUGGCUUAUAAAUUUAUUAUUACAUUAUUUAUUAUUGUAAAUUACCUUAAUUUAAGUGUGUGUUAUCAAGUUAAGGAUGGUCCAUUACUUACUUACAGACCGCCAUGGUUGAAACAAUGUCGUCGUUCGGAUCCUAAACUAAAUCAAUGUUUAAACAAUUUAUUUGAUGUUAUGUUUCCUGCAUUAGCAAAAGGAAUUGAUGAGAUUAACGUCGAUGCGUUUGAGCCGCUGUAUUUAGAUAAGGUAUCAGUGACAAAAGGCUCGGGUGCUGUCACUUUAUCAGGAAGUUUUCUUAAUUUAACUGUUGUUGGUCCAUCAAACUCCACACCAACUUAUACCGAUAUAAAUUUGGCAAAAAGAAAACUUAAUUUUGGAAUAUAUUUGCCUCUACUGGACAUCAAAUCAAAAUAUAACCUAAAAGGACAUAUUCUAAUCCUGCCUCUGGUGGGACACGGCAAUUGUGAGAUGAAACUAGCCGGAGUGGAUACAAAAGUCAAGGCUGAAAUCAGUAUGCACCAAAAAGAAGGAAAAGAAAUUUUGAGAAUCGAUAACAUGAGAGUGUCAUUCACUGUGGAGAAAAUUCGGGUUCGAUUAGACAACUUGUUCAAUGGAAAUAAAGUUUUAGGUUUAACAGUGAACACAUUCUUGAAUCAACACGGUUUGGAAAUCGUGCAAGAAUUGGAAGAACCGAUUGGUGAAAGUCUCGCGCAGAUAUUCAAAGACAUUAUAAACAACGUGUUUACAAAGUUGCCUACGGAUUUGUGGUUACCGCAAGAAAAUGAAACAAAUGCAACAGAGAAAAAGAGUUAA